CCCGCUGGCCCCAAAGGAGCCAGCCUCUGGCUUCCCUCUGCAACGGGCUCUGUGCUUCAGACCCUGAGGGUUAGUUAGUACAAGCUUCGCGCCCUUCAACACGGAUUUCUUCUGACACCCAGUCCAGCCGGUGGGGCUGGAGCUGGGGUGGGGCGCUGGACAGCUGCCCUCCCAGACCUGCUCCAAGCACCAUUAGGAAGGACCCUGCCAGGUGCAGGUGAGACUGACAGCUGGGAGAGCUGCCCCAGGCAUUUAGGAUCUGUCUGGGAAAGGUGAGUCAGUCCACUGGGGGCAGGGCUCCUGGAAUCAGGAUCUGCAGCCCACGCUGGAGGCGCCCGCCCCCACCACCAUCAUGUCACCUGGAGAAAAACUGGACCCGCUUCCUGACACUUUCAUCCUGCAGCCGCCAGUCUUCCACCCGGUGGUUCCUUACGUCACGACAAUUUUUGGUGGCCUGCGAGCAGGCAAGAUGGUCAUGCUCCAGGGAGCGGUCCCUGUAAAUGCACGCAGGUUCCAGGUGGACUUCCAGUGUGGCUGCAGCCUGCACCCCCGGCCAGAUAUCGCCAUCCACUUCAACCCUCGCUUCCACACCACCAAGCCGCACGUCAUCUGCAACACCCUGCACGGUGGGCGCUGGCAAGCCGAGGCCCGGUGGCCCCAUCUGGCCCUGCAGAGAGGAACGAGCUUCCUCAUCCUCUUUCUCUUUGGAAAUGAGGAGAUGAAGGUGAGUGUAAAUGGGCAACACUUUCUCCAUUACCGCUACCGACUCCCGCUGUCUCGUGUAGACACCUUGGGCAUAUAUGGAGAUAUCUUGGUGACGGCCGUUGGAUUCCUGAACAUCAGCCCAUUUGUGGAGGGCGGUAGCGAGUAUCCGGUUGGACACCCUUUCCUGCUGAAGAGCCGCAGCCUGUUUCACGCUCAGUCUGCUGGACGAGGCCGCCCACGUUCCUGUGACGCUCAGGGCUUCCUUCGCCGACAGAACUCUGGCCUGGGUCUCCCGCUGGGGCCGGAAGAAACUGAUCUUGGCCCCCUUCCUCUUCUACCCACAGCGAUUCUUCGAGGUUCUGCUCCUAUGCCAAGAGGGAGAGCUGAAGCUGGCGCUCAAUGGGCAGGGCGUGGGGGCCACCAGCCUGGGCCAGCAGGCCCUGGAGCGGCUGCGGGAGCUGCGAAUCAGUGGCAGCGUCCAGCUCUACUGCGUCCACUACUGAGGAGGGAUCCAGAGGGCCCAGCCGGAGAAGAAGAGGGCCAGCCUGUGGCCGGGGCCCCACCAGAUGCCCCCACUCUCCUACCCUCGUUAAAAUCUCCACCUGUCACCACGGUGUCAGGCCUGGCUCACUUCUGGAACCAGGAGCCCGAGUCUGCAGGUGCUUUGGACCCCACAGCAGAAAGGGGGCACAAGAGUGUGAAGGCUCCAGAAACUCUGCAGUUCCCUCCACCAGGAGCCUGGGAUUUGGCUCUGCCUUCCUUCAGGGCCUAGACAAGGAGGCAGGCUUUGUAGCCUAAUGAAGAUACUCCAAAAUACAGCGGCUUUAAAAAUUUAGAUGUUUAUUUCCUUCUAAUCUAAACAGAAAAAUCGUCCAGGUCAGUGGGGCAACUUUGCUCCUUAUGGACCUUCUGGGUCAUCCUAGUCAUCACCCCACCACCCCCAGGGCACCAGCAUCACCUGCGUGGCAGAAGCUCAGUAGCCACCAUAUCUAGGUUUCAACCACUGAGAAGGCAAAUAGAGAAUAUGGACAAGGCCCAUCUGGUGUCAUAAGCCCAGACCUGGGAUUAGCACACGCUAUUUACACUCACAUCUCAUUGGCAAGUACUCAGUCACGCAGCCACAUUAUCUGCAAGGGAGGCUGGAGAUGUCCUCCACGGGAUGACCACGUGCCUGGCCAUAGCUCUACUCCUGUGAUUCCUGGAAUAUUUGGUUUUAUUUAUAUUAUACCAUCUUAUUUUGUGUUCUCUAUUUACCAUUGCUAUUUUCCCUUAUAUUUUCAGCUUUCGUACUUGCUAUUGGAUUGAUAAAGUCUUCUUUAUCACCCUCUCCCUUUUUUUUCUUAUGCUGAUUUGGAAGUUGUAGAUUCCAUUUUAUACUUCUAGUGGUUAUCCUUACUUUUUAUUUUAUUUUUAGUUAACACAAUAAAAUUGACUUUUGGGGGUGGGUAAAAUUCUGAGUUUUAACAUAUAUGUAGGUCUGUGUGGCCACUACCACAAUCAAGAUAUAUAACAACUCCAUCAUUCCAAAAAAUUCCCUGGUGUUACUUCUGUGUAAUUGCACCUCCUCCACCCCCUCCCUUAACCCCCAGCAACUCCCUGAUCUGCUCUCCACUACUAUAUUUUGUGUUUUUGAGAAUGUCAUAUAAAUGGAAUCAGGUAGGAUGUGACCUUUUGAAACUGAUUUCUUUCAAUCAGCAUUACCCUUUGGAGAUUCAUCUAAGUUGCUGUAUGUAUCAGUGACUCAUUCCUGUUUAUUACUCAGUAGUAUUCCAUUGUACCACAAUUGACCCACUGAAGAACAUUUGGGUGGUUUUCAGUUUUUGACAAUUAAUGAAUAGAGCAGCUAAAGUCAUUUGUAUACAAGUCUUUGUAUGAAUGUAACUUUUCAUUUCUCUUGGGUUAAUACCUACUAGUGAGACUGAUGGAUCAUAUGCUAAAUGCAUGUUUAACUUUAUAAGAAACUGUCACAAUUUUCCAGAGUUGUUUCAGAAUAGUUUUGGGAAUUUUGCUUUCCCACCAGCAGUCUAGGAGAUUUCCAGUUGUUCUGCAUGCUCAUCAAUACUCAUAAUUGGGGCUUCCCUGGUGGCGCAGUGGUUGAGAGUCUGCCUGCCAAUGCAGGGGACACGGGUUCGAGCCCUGG